AUGGCUCGUUAUCCCGUUGGUUCUUUGCCUCUAGCACUCCCUAAAGAUAGGCUGACGGCGUCAUUGGCGCCCGACCCAGUUGCUGGCCUCUCAGUGGCAUCAUUCCAAAAAGAUACUCUGCGAGAGCAUCCGUCCGUUCAACGUCGAUCACGGGUCCUAGACACGGCUGCGCAUUACUCGUUUACUACACCUUUCCCUGUUCCGUUCCCUUACAGCAUCCCACCGCCUACCAAUAUCGAAGAUAGGGAGUCGAUUAGCCGUGGCAUCGAGAACUGGCUUCAGGAAAAGGAACCGCUCGUCGAGCAGCCUUUGGCUCCGACUGCUGAUGCCAAGGGAAAAUCAUUCGCCCCUGAUCUUUCACUGAGGAAGUAUGCUGCGACUAAGAAUGACUUUGUGAAGACACGUCACCUUCUUGGGCUUUCUCAGUCGUGCCUCAAGGACUUGCUCCCAGCCUUAGAUGUUGGGGAUGCGUUCACACUUUUGGGCGAUCCCUCUCUGGAACCGCUCGAAACAACAAGCACGCCAGACGAGCAUACUCCAACUCAAGCCACAGAGGCCUCUCACGAGCUUCUCGACGUACUCUCUGGUCACUCUGUCUUGAUGACUCCCCUUCCUGACUCAAAAGGAUACAGCCCUAACGAACCGGCAUACGCUCCUUGGUCUCUCCGGUAUUCUGGACAUCAGUUCGGUGUGUGGGCGGGUCCUCUGGGAGAUGGACGAGCUGUAUCAAUACUGGAAACGCCUCAUCCUGAUGAUCCUGAGAAAAUUCAUGAAAUCCAGCUAAAAGGGUCAGGUCGUACUCCAUUCUCGAGGAAUGCAGAUGGACUUGCAGUGCUUCGUAGUUCUAUUCGAGAAUUUUUAGGGUCCGAAGCCGUGAACGCACUGGGAAUCCCUACCACUCGUGCCCUUUCUCUCAUCUCACUUCCCGAAAUCUCUGUGGUUCGAGAAAGGCGUGAAACUUCCGCCAUCAUAUCUCGAGUGUCGCCUUCUUUCAUCCGGGUAGGCAAUUUCGAGGCUUUCAACCCUCCUCAAAGCUCGGGAGAGGUAGUGUACCUCUUUGGGGGUUCUUCGGCGAGUACGUCGCAACGAAACUGGGAGUCAUUGAGGAUUCUGGGUGAGUGGGUCGUAAGACGGGUUUUGAAACUUGGGAAAAAAGAAGGGGAACCCUGGGGGCGAGACUUAGUAACAGAGGCCGCUAGAAGGAACGCGAAGAUGGUUGCGGGCUGGCAGGCCUAUGGAUGGAUGCAUGGGGUGAUCAACACGGACAACGUCGCCGUCUCAGGUUUGACGAUUGAUUAUGGGCCCUACGCCUUUAUGGAUAUAUAUGAGUAUGCGCAUAUAUGUAACUCUGAAGAUGAUAUGGGCAGGUAUUCUUUCAAGAUGCAACCAACAAUGAUUAUUUAUGCAGCCCAGAUGCUCCUUCGUUCUCUCGCCCCAUUGAUUGGGGCAGAAGAAGAAAGUGGCAAGGCGGUGGAGGAAGGUUGGGCUGACAAUGUCCCCAAGGAGAAAAUAGACCAAUGGCACGAUAAAGGUCUCGCCCAUGCCGUGUCAAUCGAGGUCGAGAUACAGGAAAUACGUCUGGGCCUUCGGAACACAGAAGACUUCAAGGCUAAGCGGACUCUCCUAACAUCCCUUCUCAAUCUCCUUGAAGAAAACCUCGUGGACUUCCACAGUUCAUUUCGCAAACUUUCAUUCUUCCGUCCUUCGCUUCUUGAUGAAUCGAAUUCGGGAGCAUUAAGUAUGUUCAUCGACACUCUCGACGAGUUCGUCCCAUCGUUUAGGAAAGCGGAAGUACCUGAUGCUUGGAAGAAAUGGCUGGAAAGCUAUGCGGAACAUAUUAACAGGGAGGACCCCCGGGCAUGGAAAGGCAAGGGGGGACAAGAUUGGCUAGAUGUACGAGAAGCAUUGAUGAAGAGUGUGAACCCCCGAUUCGUAUUGAGACAAUGGGUGUUGGAGGAUGUCAUAAAAGUGUGUCAAGAUGGAGAUUUGAGGCGAAGUAGGGCUGUUCUUGGGAAAAUACUUCGAAUGGCCACUGAACCAUUCCGCCCGUGGGGAGGUGAGGGACGUGAAGAAGCGGACCUCUCUGCUGAAGAGCUCCAGGAAAGAAGAGUUUGCUCCAUUGGAGAGCAGAAGAUGAGAGGUUUCCAAUGCAGUUGCUCAAGUUAG